AUGAGCAAUUUAACUAGAAUAAUCCAACAACAUCCACCAGUAACGGCUCAGCAGCAAUAUAAUAUGCCGAAAAUAAUUGCCGGGGCAAGUAACGCUGUUGCAGCAGAUGAAGGUCUAAAAACUGAAUAUUUGCCAUUGUUAGAUAAUUCAUCUAGUCACAGCAACAGAAAUUAUGGAAAUAUGUCAACAUCAGAAGUAGAAGAUAUUUUCAUACCGAUUGAAGACAAUCGCCGGUUUCCAAGAUCAGGGAAAAAUGCUUGUUGUCCAUAUUUGUUUUGUAGUGUGUUAUCAUCAAGUAUAAAAGAGCUUAAAAACACUAUUAUAAAUCCAUGGCUAUAUUAUUAUAGUGGCAUAUUUUUCCUGUUAAAUAUAAUCCACGGAAUAUCUUUCGGGAUAGCAAUAUUUCCUCAUACGCACCAUCACCAUAACUACGAGGAUGAAUUUGGAAGAUAUAAAUAUAUUGGCAUGGCGAUGUGUUUUAUCAG